UAAAUUAGGAGAAAAUAAAAUAAAAAGAGCUAUUGUUUUUAACAAAAACAUUUUAUAUCAAUGACAUAUGACAGCUAGGUUUGUAAAAUAAACAAUAACAUAAUCGCUUUUUAAUCACUGGAUAGCUUGUUUAGCUCACAGAAAAACUUUUAACGAGACACAACAACAUACAAAAAAUGGCGCUUCUCAGUACAGUUAAAAAGUCAAACAUCGACAGCUUGUUUGAUCGGUACAGUCGCGUGUUUAUGACUCUUGUGUUGACAUUAAGUGGUUUAAUUAUGAUUGUUGAGUUUUAUGCACAUGGCAUGUCGUGUAUGAUUAGAGGCGAGGACUCAACCACCCAGCUUUAUAUCCAUAACUGGUGCUGGUCAAAUGGGUUGUUCAUCUAUAAGGAACUUGUUCAAUUUCCAAACAGCAGCUUUUAUCAUGGAUUACCUGAGAAUCUAGAAGAAACAGGAAUGAUUGAAAAUACGACAAGUACCUGUACUUUUGAUGCAAGGUACUCUACGAAGGAACUCGCAGGAUGUAAAGCCAUGACUCGGGAGUACUUUAGACAAUACCAGUGGCUUCCGUUCUACUUCAUCUUCUUGGCAUUUUUGUAUUACGCGCCAUACUCAAUGUUUAAGUUCGUAAAUACAGAUUUGCUUAGCUUACGAACCAAUGUGGAGAAGCGUGUUGGGAAACAAAUUAUAGAUGCAUAUUUUAAUCAUGACGUUAAUCCGAUAAUUGAAUUAUGGCUUCGGACUGCAUUGGGAAUAUUCGUGAAAGUUUUAUACAUCGUAGUCAACGUGUUUGCUUUUCGGUACACGGCAUCUUUGUUGAAUGGGGAUUACGCAAAAUAUGGUCAUGGAAAAGAUGUUCGUGAGAUAAAUGGAACAAAGGUUACUGUGGAAGGGGUGAGAUAUCCAGGGGAAUAUAUUCUUCCGUCCAGAGGAUUGUGCGACGUCCCAACUAUAAGUACCAUCCUACGUCGAUACGAUGUAGGUAAUGUACUUUGUCACGUUGAAGCUGUUACACUUUACCAACACAUUCUUCAUGUUCUGUGGCACUUGUUUAUAUUUGGAAUAACAAUUUCGGUUGUCGGUUUAGUAGCUCAUAUAGUGAAUAUGUUUUUCGGUUAUUGUUAUUAUGAGAGAAGGCGUGGCCACAACAGAGCGAUAACCUUCCGCGAAUGUGAAUAUCUGAUGUUGAUCAAGGAAAGAAAUAUGAUAUUGUAUAAUGAUGUCAUUCGGCAGUUAAAAGGUGAAAGUUAUGGCAGUCGAAACACAGAGAGCAUUGGCCUAGUUGAACAAUAAGAUUUCUAAAGGAGGGAUAAUUCUCAAAUAUCCAAAAAAACUGAAGCGAUUAAUAAAAGUUUCAUACAAAACAUAAAAACGAUAAAACAACUUAUAAUGUUUGAACAGUUCUAACCGUCUUGCGUGUAUUGUAAAGUUUGCUUUAGUACUAUCAACCCUUGUUUUUUUGGUUUAUAAAGUACCUGGGGGAGGAAGGGCUCUAAUUUUCGAAUGAUUUAGGCUGCAAUGGCCAAGGUAAAAAUAUUGCUGACACCAUUAAUUUUUCUACACAUUACAAUUUUUUAUGAGAUCACGUUUUCUUAUGACUCACUAUUAUAGCCAGCUUCACAUAAAAGUGAACAAUGUUAUUCUUGUGCGAAAAAAAAUAAUUCCGGAAAUAAAAAUAUGCGGAAUAUAGCUAAACUUAUGUGCUGACAUAAAAAAGUAUGAAUUUAUAUGAAUAAAUAGUUGACCUUUCACUGCAGAUUCUUUCCCAUGAUUAUUUUAUGAUCCAAUUGAUGAAAAGAAGACCGAAGUUAGAAUAAAACUAGAAAUGGCCUACAAAAUUAUUUCUUUAAAGAGACCCAAAGAGUGCGUACGACUUUUUGCUUAAGGAAAUAAGGCUGAAAAGAGCGAUCUUUGUGACUUCUUUGAAAAAAGUUUCCUUUUCCAAAAUUGUUAUUUUUGCCUCACAACAAUUCACAACAAUUUUUUUCUAGUUAAAACUUUGUACAACAAAACAUUUAGAUAGUAAUCAAGAAAGAUCACGCGGUUUUACUUCGAUGUUAGCAAUUCGCAUAUUCUUCGCAUUAAAAUAUAUCAAAAAGUUUUGAUAUUAAUGCGCAUGCCAUUUCUUAUGUUAGGAAUACCAUGCGUAGAAUAUAAACAUAUAAUAAAACAAAUAAGAAAACUGUUUACACCAAAAAAUAUAAUUCUUAUAUUCGAAUAACAUGGCUUCAUUGAUUAUGAGAUUGAUUCAAAUUUUGUUUGCUUUUGUACAUAACUACUAUUCAAAAUAUAAUUUUUCGGACAAUGAAAGAAGUCACGAGCUUUAGCAUUAUAUUGAACUUCUGUAGUGUGCAAUGUUAUCGUUAGUUUGUUGUUUUUACUAUUUGAUGUCUUUUUUUGGUAAAUCGACGACGGUGGAGGGCCGCCCUCCAUCUUUUUACUACAUAAUGAUUUUUAUUCGUUGUUUUUUGCUUUUAUCGUUAUUAUUUGUAACAAUUUCUUAAAAAAGAUGUAAUAUUUGUUAAACUCUAUUCGA